GGAAACUUCGCACAAAUUGGGUUGGCGUAGAAAAUUCCCCUUGAUGAAAUUGGAAACCCUUGGGCUCCACAACUACAGUUAUUCCCGUACACAAAGUACACCCUUCAAAAAACACAAAUCCCAGAACAAUCUAUAUAAAUACUCACACAAACAACACAUGGUUUGGUAAACGUAAACCUCUGUUUUCAUAUGUGAAGAAGAUAUUGGUGAGUAAUUAACCGAGUGCAUCAUAUUUAUUUAUCAUAUUCAUAAACCCUAAAGGCUUUAGAUUUGUGUUUGCUUAGAAAAUAUGUGUCUGCUAACCCAGUCUGAUUUGAAGCGUAUUUUCGAGAAAGUGGACGUGAAUGGCGAUGGGUUGGUGAGCCUCGAGGAGCUGAAUCAGAUGCUGCAAAUCACAGGUAACUGCAAUUACACCAUACAAGAGUUGGAAUCGUUGGUCGAAACGAAGAGCCUUGGUUUGAGCGAGUUCUUGUUCUUUUACAACUCCAUUUCGGAGCAGCAGAACGGAGAAAUUAGAGGCGGUGGUGGUGAGGCAGAGGAAUUGGAGAGCGACCUGGUGAAAACCUUCAAGGUGUUUGACUUGGAUGGAGAUGGCUUCAUCACCAGCCACGAGCUUGAGUCUGUGUUGAAACGGCUUGGCAUGUGGGAUGAGACCAAUUGCAAUGAUUCUACGACCAUGAUUCGCUUCUAUGACACCAACUUCGAUGGUCGUCUUGAUUUUCAGGAAUUCAAGAACAUGAUGUUGGUUUCCAGAGCCUGAUCAUCCUUCGUUUCCAUCAAACUCUCUGCACUCAUUUUUACAACCAAACCUUUCGUGUCUUCCUCCUCUGUUUAUGUAAAUAUGUGUUUUAUGAUCAUCAACGUUAUUCAUAAGUAUUCUGUGUAACUCUGUAGCUGUUUAUAUAAGAGAAAAUGAUUUUUUAAUUAUUAAAUCUUCACAACUUUCUUUUA